UGGCAUUAUUUUUAGUUAGUGUAUGAAUCCGGUGGUUGAAAGACGUGAAUUGAUAUUUGUCAUACAUUUGUACAUAAAAAAAAUCUAAAGGAACUAGAUAGAGAGACAUUUUACAAAAUUUCAAAAUAAAGCGUGUAAAGAAGGAAAAUCGAACAUACUUUGAAAACAUGUUUUGAUGACUGAACAAUGGACGAGAAUCGUGUAGCUGACUAUUUUGUAGUGGCUGGCUUACCAAAAAAUCCAAGUCUACUACAAGAAAAUAUUUUCAACGACAGCAGCUAUUUGCGGUCGGUCGAUACUGUUGUCGCUCCAAUCGUUGAGGUCGGUGUAUUUUUUCCAACACUUGGCGAAACUGUUCCCGAUGGCAAUCAAAUACUUGACAAAACACCAACUGGUUUGGAUGCCGAUUUAAACCAUGGAUCCGUACGAACACCACCAUGUUUUAUAUAUUAUCGACGUGGAAAUGACAAACCGCCACUUGUUGAUAUUGGCAUUUUAUACGAGAAUUCGGAGCGAAUAAUGCCGGAUGCUCAAAUGGUUGAAUUUACUCCGGGCGGACGAUUAGCAAACAUAAAUAAUUCAACGACAAAAAUUUUUAUGACCUAUCGUCGUGCACGAGAUGAUAUGCCAUGCAAUGAAUUGGUUGUCAGUGAUUUGUGUAUAAUAGUUGCAAGCCGUGGUGAGGCGCCACCACAUGCAUUCUGUCAAAUUCAUAAAACACUUAACAAGGGAAUUGUGGGCAGUGACGUGUACUUGUGCUAUAAAAAAUCAAUGAAUCGACCAAAACUUAUAAGCUAUCAGCCAGAAAUAUUACAUCGUUAUCCAUUUGUCGAUCACAUUGAUUUUCCGCUAAAUUUAUGCCAGAGUGUUCCGCUCUUUUGCCUACCAAUGGGCAGCACACUUGAAUGUUGGCCGAAUGUCGAAGACACGGUGAAACGAAACAGCAUAGAUCCCGUAUUCAGUACAUUUGUGUUGACCGUUAGCGAUGGUGCGUACAAAGUUUACGGUUCAGCGCUGUCAUUUUAUGAGGAAUAUGACGCAUCGCAACUCAACGAAAAACAAAAAGAAUUGCUUGAAUGGACGGAUGACUCACCGGCAAAUUGUUCACUUCACGUGAAUAAAGCAAUUUGUUUGCUAUCUCAUCAUCCAUUUGGUGAUACAUUUGAGAAAUGGCUGCGAUUCAUUUAUAGAAUGUCAAAAAGUGAAGCACCUUUAACCGUUCCAAUCGAACGCUAUAUAACACAAUUGAUCGAUGAAGUACCGUUUCCAUCGCCGAGCAUUUUAAUUCAAUUAUCAAAUUUAUCCAAUGAACGAAUUAUACUGACCCAACCGGAAGACUCUCCAAUGCCACGUAGUGGAGCGGGUUUCAUGCAAUUGCUUACUAAUUUAGGACCAGAUAAUUGCUUACAUCUACUUUUACUAGUUUUAGCCGAACAGAAAAUUCUCAUACAUUCACUUAGACCUUCAACAUUAACAGCUGUUGCUGAGGCUGUUGUUACACUUUUGUUUCCCUUCAAAUGGCAAUGUCCAUAUAUACCAUUAUGCCCGCUUGGCUUAUCUGAAGUGUUACAUGCACCGUUGCCAUAUUUGAUUGGCGUUGAUUCGCGAUUUUUCGAUGUAUAUGAUCUACCAAAUGAUGUGACCUGCGUGGAUUUGGAUACAAAUAAUAUUAGCUUAUGCGAUUCGCAAAAAGAAUUGACUGUAAAAUUGUUGCCAAAGCGAGCGAGUAGAAUUUUGCGACAGACACUGCGUGAACUUGAGGAAUUAGCACAAACACCGGUUGUUUCGUCGACAAAUAGCUUGGAUCGAGAUUUUAAGCGAAAAAUGCGCGAACAAAGUCUUGAACUUCGAAUACAGGAAGCAUUUUUGAGAUUUAUGGCAUCCAUUUUACGUGGAUAUCGAGAAUUUUUAGUACCAAUGUCAAAGGCUCCGACUGUUGGCUCAACAGACCCGAAUGCGCUCUUUCAAUUGAAUGCAUUUUUGCGUUCGCGCGACAAGGCCCAUCACAAAUUCUAUAAUUACUUAAUGAAAACGCAAAUGUUUAUUCGGUUUAUCGAAGAGCGUUCAUUUGUCACUGAUAGCGGUUAUCAAGGCUAUAGCGGUUUGGCCUUUUUCGAUGAAUGCACAGAAAAGGUGAGCGCAUGUGAUGAUACCACAAGUGAAAUUCGAUUCGUUGAUUGGGAUCUCGGUGCAAGCAGUGAUCGAACCAAAUACAUUCUACCGUUGGAUUGUCAACCGGGUGUUAAUGAUGAAAAAUACACAUACCCGAUGUUCGUUUUGAAUCCGGCAUUAUUAAAACCGCCGAAAAAUCAUCUCAAUAAAUUGAUACAAAAUGCAUCGAUGCCACCAGGAUCACCGAUGGCACGGCGCACAAAAUACGAAAUAAAAAUGGCACAAAAAAAUGCCAGAAAAUGUCAAUCGUCACCAGAACAAUGGGCUAAUCAUUUGUUAACGACGUGCUAUUCAAUUUAUUUCCUUGUGCUGCCGAGCAUUUUACUCGAUGCAAAUAACAAUGAACAGGCCACACUGAAAGCUGCCUACGAUGUACUGUCAAAGGCACACAAAAUGCGAAUUACCUGUGAUGAAGUUUGCUAUCGCAUCAUGAUGCAAUUGUGUGGCAUACAUAAUUUACCCAUACUUGCGGUACGAUUAUACUAUCUUAUGAAACGGUCGGGCAUUCAACCGAAUGCGGUCACAUAUGGAUUUUAUAAUAAAUGUGUGCUUGAAGCUCAAUGGCCAUCGGACACAGGUAACGCUAGCAAAUUGCGAUGGAAUCGAUUGAAAAAUGUUAUUUUUGCGGCGGCACAUUUUCGUCGCAGCACACAAAAUGGCGGUAAAAAAUGCUCAUUAGAACAAAAUUUAAGUGCAUUGGAUGCAAAUGAUGCCACAUCGGCGACCAGUUUAGAUAGAGAUACAAAUGAAAGUAAUUACUUUUCGAUAGACUUUUUUGCUUUUGAUAAAUUACGCGGACGAUUUGGAAAUUUUGGACGUCAAAGCGAACGAAAUGAAUCGAAUUUAAGAGCAAGCAUUGGAUCAUUGACAUCGGUCGGUGCGAAUGAGACCAAUACAAAGAAUUUAAAUGGUAAUGGAAAGGAACACGAAAUUGAUCCACAUACAAAUCAAAGAAUUACAGCUGACAACAUUGAAUUGAUCAAGGAACCAAGACCACCCGAACAGGAUGAAAAUGAUUCACAAAACGAAUUCAAUCAAGUUCAAUCAAGUGGGACCAAUGGCACGUCGAGCCAUGAAGACAACCAUAUUAUAACUAAGGACAAUAUUGAUCUUGCUGUUAAUGGCAACACAGAUGGCGAUGGAUAUGGAGACGAUGACGAUGAUGAUAAGAAUAGCCCAAAGAAAGUUUCACCACGAACACCAGUCACACAAAAUGAUCCGUUGGGUGCACUGGUGGAAGAAGAAGAGGAACUCAUAAAAAUCGAAAAGACCAGCAUUGAAACGAAAAAUUCAUUUUUAAUUAAAAACAACACCAUCUAUACGGAUCAACCGAUCCUAUUCCGGGGGCAACGUAGUGCAACAUUUGAUGAAUCGACACCAAUGUACAAAAGUAUGCAUCGGUCAAAAACGAUGCCACCAUCAUCAGUUACAUCAAGUCUUGCUGGAUUCAGCCAAUCAUUCAAACUUAAUUUUGGACGUUAUUCACCUGCACGAUUGAAUUUCAAAAAAGAUUCCAUUAUUCCUGCAAAUAUUAUUGAAAAUAUCUCUAAUAUUAGCCCGAGUUUGACUGGCAAAAAAGAGAUGAUUCAAGGUGGUCUCAGUAGCAUAAAGAGUGCCGCCACAUCAGUGGCAAAGAAAUUUGAUGAAUUCAAAGAUGCAAUCUCAGCGAAUAACACGCCCAUCAAAUCGAUCAAUUUGGACCGUGGCCAUAAUCGUUCCGAUGAUAAUUUGGACGUUGAUUCACCGACGUACACAGCACCAUCGCAUUCUCGGCGCGUUUCAAGUGACGUUGAUCUAUGGAGUCGAUUGAGUGACUCACGCAAAUCCAGCUGUAAUAAUCUCUUAUUCCUCGGUGAAUAUGCAAAACUACAAAAUUCCUAUUUACCCGAAACAACAAAUCCACAAAUAUCGUUAGAGCAUCGAUACAGUUCAAAGUCCGAUGUUGAAAUUCAUUUGAGCACAUGUUCAUCGUGUCACAAUUGUUCCGAAACGUUGACGGAUAAAGAUAUUAUGGCGGGCUGGUCGGCCGAAGAUUCAAAUCUCAAUACAACAUGUCACAAAUGUAAAAAAGCAACCGUACCAUUGUUAAGCAUUCAUAUAACCAGCAUUGAUCGAACACAAUCCAAUGAAAAACAAACGGACCAAAGUAAUGUACCCUAUUUGAAUCCGUUGGUGUUGCGCAAAGAGCUCGAAAAUAUUUUAACACAGCAUGGCGAUGAUGUUUUAUGUAAAUCACAAUUUGUUGACGUGCAUAACAUUAUCUAUUGGAAUUUGGUGUGGUUCAUGGAAAGGAUCGGCGUUCAAACACAUUUAUCAAAUUUAUUCUUUCACAAGCAAAAUAAAGCUGACCAAAAACCACCGCGAGAACCUUCACAUCCAUUGGAAUGCUUAUGAGAAGCACACAUGUUAACAAAAGAACCAACAGCAAUCCAUUUGCAAUAAAAACGAACUAGACUAAAUUCAUUAGUUGAUAUAGACAUUGCGAUUUUUAAAACGAACCACUUGCUCUAUGGAAAGUGCAUCUUUAAAUAAAUAAAAAAGCAAUCAAUUCACCAACUGA